UGACCAUUUCCAUUUCUGCCCCCAGCUCUUCCUCCCUCGCGCCCACCACGCCGCCGCCGGCGCCCUGACCGCCGUGUCCCUGGCCCGCAGCCGCAGGCCGUCCUCUCCUCCUCCUCCUCGCGCCCUCGCCUCGUUCCCCCGGUUCGCCCACCUACCAACCCGGGCCCCGAUCCGCGCGGAGGGGGGAGGAAAUGGCGGUGGUCCUCGCGUGGCUCAACGCCAGGGUCGUCGACCCCCUGCUGCAGGUCAUCCAGAGGGGCGCGGAGCCGAAGCAGCUGGCCUUCUCCGCCGCGCUCGGCGUCACCAUCGGGGUCUUCCCCAUCUGCGGGACCACGGUUAUUAUCGGUGGACUUGCUGUGGCGAUGUUAGGAGCUCGUUGCAAUGCCGUUACUGUCAUGGUUCUCAAUUUAGCUGCUACUCCUCUUGAGCUAAGCUUGAUCAUUCCUUUCUUGCGUUUGGGAGAAGUAGUCACAGGCGGUGAGCACUUCCCCUUGACAUCUGAUGCAUUCAAGAUGGUCCUCACAGGCCACGCCUCAAAGGACGUGCUACUCAGCAUUUUUCAUGCGAUUCUUGGCUGGAUGGUUGCUGCACCGUUUGUGAUGGCUGGGCUGUACACCUUGUCUGUCCCUUGUUUCAAGUACCUGGUCGGCAGGUUUGGCGUCAUCCCUUCGAGCCCCAGGACGCCGAUGAAAGCGGUUUUGCUUUGCCCAAAUGAAUCCGAAUCCGAAUCCGAAAAUGGGGCAGUACCAUUGCUCGUCCACGCCGACUGAUCUUGUGGUGCGUGUCAUCUGGACAUCAUCAGCCAUUCUCACCUGCAUUUGUGUCUCAUGGCACCAUGUUAUGUAAACUGUGGGCAUGUUGUGUUGUCUUCUUAUCUGAUUGUAUUGUGUUAACUGCUGUUAUGUGCUCCCGUUAGGGGCUGCUCGCGUAGCUGUAGGCUGAUAUGUAUGUAUAUAUAAAGGUAACGAGUGUUGUGUAUGAUGCUAUCUCUAAUACGUACGAUACAGCAACAUGGAACAUCUGCAAUGCACAGGAGUUUGGA